UGUGGUGCUGAGGGAAACGUGUUGACUCUGCGUUUACUGAGGAGAAACUAGUGCGUCUUCUCUGAGGAGGAAGAGGCGAGCUCUGCGCACGCGCGAAGGGAGGGGUCGCCAUGCGCGAGGAGGAGGAGGAGGCCGGCGGCGAAGGGGAGGGCGGGGCGCGGCUCUUCGGUCACGUGACGCCCAGGCAGCCUCUGAGGACCAGAAGGAAAACCCUCUCACAAAAUGGCGGCGGUGAUGACUUCCGGCCCCGGACGUCGACGCCUUACGAGAGCAGCGGCGCCAGGCGGAAGCAGCAGCCGCCGCAUCCAAGGCGGGAAGUGAGGUUCUCCGAGGAAGUGCUGGAGCUGCCGGCGGAAGGGAGCUGCUGCUGGCCUCGGGUGGUCGUGACGCCGCUGGAGAAGCAGAGGAGGAGGAUGGAGGCGGUAGAGGAGCCGGACGGGGAGGGAGAGCCUCGGUAUCGGCUGCGCUCCUCGGCCCAGCGCCUGCCCCCGACGCCCCACCGGAGGAUGAGGAGGGAGGAAGGGGAGCAGCACUCUCCGGAGGAGUCUGGGGAAGAGGAAGAGGAGGAGGAAGAUGAACCUUCUCUGACCAAAGUUCAAAGCAGAACAGUCAACAAAAACUCUAAUGUCCAAACACAAUCAGGAAAUGCAAAUAUUUUUGGAAUUGCAGAUGACUCUGAGCUUGUUCGACCUGCAAUUAGAAGAAGUCCAAGAAGAGGAUUUCCUUAUGGACAAGUCAGAGACUCCACAAUUAAUGAACCAGAAGACAAAGCUAAUGAAGACAUUGAGUACAAACCUGAAAUUGGGAAUACUUCUCAGAUCCGUAGCAGACAAAAGUUAAUAAAAGAGUCACCUUGUUUUGUUCAGAAGCUGCCAGAUCGUGAUCCUAAGUCAGCUAUAAAGACCAAAACACAAAGUAUGUAUACAGCUGCCAUCUGUGUGAGUGAUAGUAACUUGCAUGCUCCUUAUUUGGUAGUUUAAAAUAAUAUCUUCAGGUUAAGGUUGUAUUCAUUCUUCCUGUGGUGAGAGAACUGACUGUCAAAACCACUUAAUAGUAUUCCUUCUCUAACAGAAACCCCUUCCAGAACAGGGUAUUUAUUGUUUUUUGAAUAAACACGUUUUGCUGAGGAUGUUUCUAAGUGUGAUCUCUAAUCAUGAAAUGUUAUUGUACAGUGGACCCUCCAUAUUUGUGGGGAUCCAUUCCAGAGUCGCAUCCUCUACAUCUAAAUAUGUCUUGGUCUUACAGUAUGCUACUU